AUGAGUUCUUACAGUCCUCAACAACUAGAAGAUGAUAUUGUUCAAUUCUCAUUCGACAAGAACUAUGCCUUACAUGGAAAGAUAAUUCUUCUUGUUGUUGUCAUUGGUUUCUCUCUUUUCAUGGUGUUCAUAUUCAUGAUACCGUGUGUGAAGAAGCAUGCUACGCGUUGUCAGGAACCAGAAACAGGUCAUGGAGAUUCCAUGGAAGAAUCAAACAAUACUCUUUAUACCCUCAAGAGCAGAAGAUAA